CGAAUACUAAAGGCAACAAAAUGUUAACAAGACCCUCAAAUAACAACAAUAAAGGUAACAAUACUAAGAAUAAUGAUACUGAAAGUGAUAGCUCUAAUAACUUUGACAAUUUAAUAACAAAUAUGAUUCUUUCCUGA